GGGGGCCGGCGGGGCGAGCGGCCCGGCUCAGAGCCGCCGCGCCACCGGGAGAAGAAGGGGCCGCCGGCCGAGCCCGCCCUCUACUCGCCCACAGCGGCGGCCGGGCGGCGGGGACGCGAGCGGAGGGCGCCGGGAGAGGCCCGGCCGACACGAGCGCGGGGGGCUGCGGGCCAUGGCGCCCCGGGCCCUCGCCGCCCGCCGCCCCCGCCCGCCCGGGCGCCCCCGAGCUGCGCCUCGGAGCCCACGGAGCCUCGGCCCGCCAGGAGGCGACUUGGAGCUCCUCUUGGUGCUGACAUGAUGACAGUGUGCAGGCCAGCCAAGGGCAGCCACAGCCAGACUGAAAACCUGGGCCACAAACUGGCUGACAAGGUCAAGGUGGAAGGUCCAAAGGCUGGGGAAGACCCUCAAAGGCAGCCGUUUAGGUCCUCCGUUCCUUUCCUAGAGACUGAUCAGGAUUCACCCUUCCGAAGAAGCCCACUGGAGAGCCUCUAUAACCUGAUGCUAGAGCCAAGAGUGGACUGUUUCCAGCAGAACAUGUUCAGCUCAAAUAUGAUCAUCAGCGACCCAGCUUCAGAUCUCGGCACUAAAGGAGCCAGCAGGGCCAGCAAGAGGCAGCUAAGCAGUGUUCAGAACCCCUGCCCUCCCGCCCGAGGCGGGGCCUGGCACAAGUCCCUCAGCAUAAAGGACAAGAUAUCAGAAUGGGAAGGGAAAAAGGAGUUGCCCACUCCUGCCCCUGGCAGGAAAGCAGAUGGGCAAGAGGAUUACCUGACGUCGUGUGUGACGGAGAGGAGAAGCCGCGAUGGUUCGAGGACUCGGGUCGCAGAGGCUCAGAACGGAACAAGGCUGGACGCAGAGAGUAGAGAGGAUGAGAGGAAUAAAGGGGUAGUGAAAGUCGGGGCACAGGAUGCAGAGCAGAGGCAAGACCUGAGCCAGCCAGCCCGGGAGCUGGCUCCUAGCUUGGGAAGAGGCCGGGAGCCCAGGCUUGGCAAACAGCGCUUUCAGAAUGAUAGCCUCUCUGUGCUGAAGCAGGUGGAGAAACUUGAGCAGGCUCUGAAGGAUGGGUCUGCAGGGUUGGAUCCCCAGUUACCUGGCACCUGUUAUUCCCCACACUGCUUGCCGGACAAGGCCGAGGAGGGGCCCACCCUUCCUGAGAACCGUGGGGGCGGGAGUAGCUCAGAAUUCAGGGCCCACCGCUUGGACCUGGAAGGCAGAGAGCCCGCCCCUGAGGCCGCAGAGGAAAGGAAGGGCUUGGGCGGGAGGCCCUGCGACCAGAGGCUGGAGAGUGUGUACAGGGGCUUGGAGGACUCCCCCGCAAGACCCUUCAUCAGCCCCCCGCCCAAACCCCGGAGAACUUUCAAACAUGAUGGCGAAGGGGACAGGGAUGGGAACCCAGGCAUGAGCUUCCGGAAAGAUAAAAGGAACCUGCCUCCUCUGCCCUCUCUACCUCCCCCGCCCCUGCCCUCCUCCCCACCGCCUUCCUCUGUGAACAGGAGACUGUGGAGCGGGAGACCGAAAGCCAGUGCUGACCACAGAAAGUCCUAUGAGUUUGAAGACUUACUGCAGUCUUCCUCUGAGAACAGCAGGGUUGACUGGUGCGCACAGACGAAGCUGGGGCUCACACGCACUUUAUCGGAGGAGAACGUCUAUGAGGACAUUCUAGAUCCACCAAUGAAGGAAAACCCUUAUGAGGACGUUGAGUUACAUGGUCGAUGCCUCGGGAAGAAGUGUGUCUUGAACUUUCCAGGUUCUCCCACCUCUUCCAUCCCUGACACACCCACCAAGCAGUCCUUGUCCAAACCUGCUUUUUUCCGGCAAAAUUCAGAGAGGAGGAACUUCAAACUGCUGGACACUAGGAAGCUGAGUCGGGAUGGCACUGGGUCCCCUUCUAAAAUCAGCCCUCCCUCUACCCCCAGCAGCCCUGAUGACACUUUCUUUAACCUCGGAGACCCACAGAACGGCAGGAAGAAGAGAAAGAUACCCAAGCUGGUGUUGCGAAUCAAUGCCAUUUAUGAGGCCCGGAGAGGAAAGAAACGGGUGAAGAGGCUGUCCCAGUCCACGGAGAGCAACUCAGGAAAAGUGACAGAUGAGAACAGUGAGUCUGACAGUGACACCGAGGAGAAGCUGAAAGCCCACAGCCAGCGCCUGGUCAAUGUGAAGUCACGCCUGAAGCAGGCUCCAAGAUACCCAUCACUGGAUCGGGAGCUCAUCGAGUACCAGGAGAGGCAGCUCUUCGAGUACUUUGUGGUCGUGUCUUUGCACAAGAAGCAGGCCGGGGCUGCCUAUGUGCCCGAACUCACCCAGCAGUUCCCUCUGAAGUUGGAAAGGUCUUUCAAGUUCAUGAGAGAAGCUGAGGACCAGCUGAAGGCUAUCCCCCAAUUCUGUUUCCCUGACGCCAAGGACUGGACUCCUGUCCAGCAGUUUACCAGUGAAACAUUCUCGUUUGUCUUAACUGGAGAAGAUGGGAGCAGGAGGUUCGGUUACUGCCGAAGAUUGCUGCCUGGUGGCAAAGGAAAGCGUCUCCCUGAAGUUUAUUGCAUCGUGAGCCGCCUGGGAUGCUUCAGCCUCUUUUCGAAGAUCUUGGAUGAGGUGGAAAAACGACGAGGCAUCUCUCCCGCCCUGGUCCAGCCUCUCAUGAGGAGCGUCAUGGAAGCCCCUUUCCCAGCCCUGGGCAAAACCAUUGUUGUCAAGAACUUCUUGCCAGGAUCAGGAACUGAGGUGAUUGAACUGUGCCGCCCUCUGGACUCCCGGCUCGAACACGUGGACUUUGAGUCUCUCUUUUCCUGUCUCAGCGUCCGACACCUGCUCUGUGUUUUUGCCUCCCUGCUUCUGGAAAGGAGGGUCAUCUUCAUCGCAGACAAACUCAGGGAGCACGCACAGGAAGUCUGGCUCACCUGGGAGGCAGGGACCUCGCUGAUGAUCGAAGCACAACGCCGCCAAACAGCAUGCACCCUGUCCAAGUGCUGCCACGCGAUGGUGGCGGUCAUCUACCCCUUCACCUGGCAGCACACCUACAUCCCCGUGCUGCCCCCUGCCAUGAUCGACAUCGUGUGCUCGCCAACCCCCUUCCUCAUUGGGCUGCUCACCAGCUCGCUGCCGCUGCUCAGGGAGCUGCCGCUGGAAGAGGUCCUUGUGGUCGACCUUGUCAACAAUCGGUUCCUCAGACAGAUGGAUGACGAGGAUUCCAUUCUGCCCCGGAAGCUUCAGGUAGCCCUGGAACACAUUCUGGAACAGAGGAAUGACCUGGCUAGUGACCAGGAUGACAGGUCCCCCGACUGCAAGCGUGGCCCUGAGUCCAGCCCCUUGAACGAGGUGGUAUCCGAAGCCUUUGUCCGCUUCUUCGUGGAGAUCGUGGGCCACUACUCGUUGUUCCUGACGGCGGGCGAGCGAGAGGAGAGGACCCUGCAGCGAGAGGCCUUCCGCAAAGCCGUCUCCUCCAAGAGCCUCCGCCGGUUCCUGGAGGUCUUCAUGGAGACCCAGACGUUUCGGGGCUUCAUCCAGGAGCGAGAGCUGCGCCGGCAGGAUGCCAAAGGUCUUUUUGAGGUCCGAGCCCAAGAGUACCUGGAAACACUCCCCAGUGGAGAACACAGUGGUGUCAACAAGUUCCUGAAGGGACUAGGCAAUAAAAUGAAGUUUCUCCACAAGAAAUAGCCCUCAAUCCGGCCUCCAGGGAGAACUUUUCCUAGGGCAACCACGUGUUUUAAAAACAGUCCUGGUGGUCUUUCUGAAAUGUUGGGUCCUUGGUUGUCCCAGGGGCUGGGCUAAAGGCCGGCGUGGUUUCCAGCCACCCCUGGGCUCUCCCCAGGACCUGGGACCCCCGAGCCACCGGAAGGUGCCGCUUCUUUAGAACAGCACUGGAAAUGGGACCUGAGACCAGGCACAUUCAAACGGAUUGUUUUGGUUGUUGGUUUUGGGUUUUUUAAAUUUUUUUAAUCUUAGAUAUUAAAAAAAAAAAAGAAAAGUGUUUGGGUUUUCCUUUUGUUAUGCCAAGGCUAAGACAGCUGUCCUGCCCUGUGUCAUCUCUCCCUGGUUCAUCCUGCCUGGCAGUUGCGCUCUGGAGCCAAGAGGAGGCGAUGGGAAGGAGCGGCCCCCAGGUGCUCCUCUGGGCAGAACCGGGGACCGGUGCGGGGGUGAAGGGGGGAGCACUGUGGGGACGCCUACAGACACUACAGACACCACACCACAGGCGUCGGGACGGGAGUCCUCUUGGGGGAAGGGCUGGCAGGUAGCGGAGUGGAGUCAAAUCUGUGCUGAAAAGGAGGAAAGCGAACAGUAAAAGGGUUUGGUUUCCUGGGAUGAGCCGCGCUUUCAGCUGGCUGGUGAUGCCACCUGGCGGCCGAGGCCACUUGCUGUCAUGCCACUGACUCCUCUGGUCCCAAAUGGACCUGACUUUUCUGGAUGGCCUCUUUCCUCUUAGAAGCCAUAGAGCCGUCCCCUGCCCGAGCAGCCCAUGACUUUUAGAGGUACACACAAAAAGAGGAAAUCUCCUCGUAAGAUCUGUUAAUAAAAUAUUCUUAGGGUCCUAAAGUUUAUGGUGCUGCCUAGAGCCCAUCUUAAAACAUGUGAGCCACUGCUUUGAGCCUUUUCCUAUUUAUACUGUAUGAAAUUUUCCCAUCUCAGUGUAGGGACCCAGAGCAGCGUACGUGAACUAGUGCAUGUGCAGGAUGAAUGCAGGGACUUUUGUUGUUGAUGUUAUCAAGGAGCAUCAAAACUUUGGGGACAGCCUCCUCAGACUUGUGUGGCCAGAGGGGAAGAAGCAGGGGGUGCAGGAGAAGGCUGCAUUCCAGGGGGCGCUGUCCUGCAAGGCCUGUGGCGGGGCGGCAGGAAGGGAACAGUCGGCAGCACAGGCACGUUCUCAAAGCAGGCCUCCGGGCCACCCCCCGGCCAACCCACUGCCUGCACAUCCCACUGGUGGAUUCCCUCUGGGGGGCACCAGGAACCCUGCAAAAACACACGAAAGGGAUGUGCUCUGACCUUGGCAAUGGCCCAGGGGCCUGUGCUGCCUGGCAGAGGUUUUGUUUGUUUGUUUGUUUUUAAUUUUUUGGCUGCGUUGGGUCUUCGUUGCUGCGCGUGGGCUUUCUCUAGUUGCGGUGAGUGGGGGCUACUCUUCGUUGCGGUGCGCAGACUUCUCAUUGCGGUGGCUUCUCUUGUUGCGGAGCACGGGCUCUAGGCUCGCGGGCUUCAGUAGUUGUGGUGCAUGGGCUCAGUAGUUGUGGCUCACGGGCUCUAGAGUGCAGGCUCAGUAGCUAUGGUGCACGGGCUUAGUUGCUCCAUGGCAUGUGUGAUCUUCCCAGACCGGGAAUCGAACCCGUGUCCCCUGCAUUGGCAGGCGGUUUCUUAACCACUGCACCACCAGGGAAGUCCCCUGGCAGAGGUUCUUGACCUUUAGGGAGUUGGGAGCAAGGGGGUCUUCUGAGGAAAAAUAAGAACAAGAGGAAAAUAAGGAGAGGUUGACCUCUCAUUCUACAUUAGGGGUUCUUAACUAAAGUCAUGGACCCCCCAAAUUGUAUCUGAGAUUUGGUGUGUCCAUUCGUUUUUGGGGAGAGAGGAUCCAUAGUUUACAUCAGAUUUUCAAAGGGGUUCAAGGCCCCCCAAAAGGGUAAGAAUGAGACUAUGCAUAACAAUUAACCUGGGUAGAUAUGUGUGGUUGGGGGUUGGGGGAAGACUGAAAGAAAAUCUCUGAGUGUUUGGACUCAGGAAUUUGUAACUAACAAGCUCCUCAGAUUAGUUAACUCUAUUAAUACCAAUAUUCUGCCCAGAGAUGAUCACUUUUAAUAUUUUAUAAUCUACCUUCUUUUCUAACUUAUUUCAUAUUAUAUUGUUUACAUCUCCAAGUGAGUAAAUAUACAUCUUUUCAACACCUCUAAUGGUCACAUAAUAUUCUAUUUUAUAGAUAUACUAAAAGUUAUUUUACCAAUCCUCUCAUGCAUGCAAUGUAUUUCCAAUUUUUAAUAUCAUAAGGAGCAUUGAGAAAAGCAUCUUUGUAAAAGUAUCUUAGUACAGGGACUUCCCUGGCAGUCCAAUGGUUAGGACUCUGUGCUUCCACCGCAGGGGGCAUGGGUUCAAUCCCUGGUCGUGGAACUAAGAUCCUACAAGCCACGCAGCGUAGCCAAAAAAAAAAGUAUCUUAGUCCAUUUGCCCUAUUUUCAUUUUCAUUUUUGCUUGAAGUAAAAUAUACAUACAGAAAAGUGCACAGAUUAUGAAAUAUACACAGCCUGACAGACUUUCACAAAUGAUCACAUCUGUGUAACCAGCACCCAUAUUAAGAAGCAGAACAUCAUCGGACACGGUUCAGCUUCCCAACAUCCCUCCCAUCCUACUCUAAGUUGAAACUAAAUCAACUAACAAAUUGUCUACAUUUUGCAAAGUGGUAAAUUGGGCUGGGGAGGAUCAGAGACAAAAGAAAAAAGUAGGUUUGUGAUCCCUGCUCACAGUCUAGGGUAGAUCUGGAUGGAUAAUGCUAUUUGGGUUCAGAAACAGAGCAUGGCCAUAAAGCAUGGGUGUGUUAGACCAGAUCACGACCACUCAACCUUUGUGUCUUGCCUCACACCAACCAUCUGUCCAAGAACCAAGUCCUCUAAUUGCAGUAAAACUCAUACAUUUUCCAUAAAGAGUAUGUGUUUAGAAGCAUUCCAUUAUUGUGUUUCAAUUCAUGGUCAAUUACCUGGCCAUGAAAAGCAGUUGGAGCAGGCUUGUUGGGUGGAUUUUAUUGCUAUGGAAUAUCGGAGACACUGGUGGGCAAGGGAAGGGCUGAGUGGGAGCAGGUGCAGCUGGCAUGUCUUGGGAAGAGGCCGGAGAUAGCAAAUCUGAGUGAGAAGGCAGCUGUCACCACUGCUGAGACGAGGGAGAAUGAAUUCUUAGAAAUUAUCACACAAACCUCUUCUCACUCAGACCAAGAAUAACGAUAAGAUCUGCCAUUUAUUGAGCACUUCUUUUUGCCCAUUACUAUGCUGAGUUCAUCACAUGCGUUAUUUGAUCACUAGAAUGUAAGCCCCAUGAGGGCAGGGACUAUGUCCAUUACGUUCACUGCUGAAUUCCCAGAGCCUAAAACCAGCGCCUGGCACAGAGUUGUCUCUCAGUAAAUGUUUGCUGACCAAAGAAACAAUUCCCACAACAGUACUAAAAGUGGUACUCGGAUGCUAACGCACACAUAUGGAAUCUAAAAAAACGGUACUGAUGAACCUAGUGGCAGGGCAGGAAUAAAGACGCAGACGUAGAGAAUGGAC